AGAACGUUGCUUCGUUCACAUACCAUGUCUGAAAUUGACGAUAACAUCGGUCCUUUGCCAACUGAAUGUUCAAACGAAAUCGACAAUAAUGAUGAAAAUGGACGUGGUGAUGAUACAGUUGGUCCUUUACCAACUGAAAUGAUACAGUCUCAGGAAGAUGCUUGUGAAAACGAUGAUACUGUCCAAGUUCCUAAAAAGAAACGUAAAGUACUUAAAGAUGAAGCAAUUUACCUACGAAAUAUUCCAACGGCUCAAUACUAUGAAAUAAGCUAUAUGCAUAGAAAUGUGAUUACACAUGUUGCCUAUUCGAAAACUCACUAUUUGAUGACUUGUAGCAAUGAUGGUCAUUUUAAAUUCUGGAGAAAAGCUGAUGGUGUCGGACUAGAGUUUAUCAAACACUACCGAGCACAUUUAGGUGAGAAACUUUAG